UCCGCGCCGCGGACGGACUGGACGCGCGAGGAGAUCGCGGCCGUCUACGACGCGCCGCUCCUCGAGCUCCUGCGCGACGCCGCGGCCGUGCACCGGGCGCACUGGGACUCGCGGGACGUGCAGCAGUGCACGCUCCUGUCCAUCAAGACGGGGGGCUGCACGGAGGACUGCGGCUACUGCAGCCAGAGCGUGCGGCACAAGACGCACGUGAAGCCGACGCGGCAGCUGCCCGUGGACGACGUCCUCGCGGCGGCGAAGCGCGCCAAGGCCGCGGGCUCGUCCCGCUUCUGCAUGGGCGCGGCCUGGCGCGAGCUCGGCAACAAGAAGAAGGCCUUCCGCGAGAUCCUCGAGAUGGUCGAGAAGGUCAACGCCGAGGGCUUGGAGGUCUGCGCGACGCUGGGCAUGCUCGACGAGGAGCAGGCGCGGCAGCUCAAGGACGCGGGGCUCACGGCCUACAACCACAACCUGGACACGUCCCGCGAGUUCUACCCGUCGGUGAUCUCCACGCGGACCUACGACGACCGCCUCGCGACGAUCGCGAACGUCCAGAAGGCGGGCAUCUCCGUCUGCUCGGGGGGCAUCCUGGGCCUCGGCGAGGAGGAGAAGGACCGCGUCGGGCUCCUGCACGAGCUCGCGAACCUCCCCGGGGGGCACCCGGAGUCCGUGCCCAUCAACGCUUUGGUCGCCGUCCCGGGCACGCCCAUCGGCGACGGCGGCAAG